AUGAAAAUUGGUUGUUUGAAUCCAUUUAAUAAUUAAAAAUAAUAUUUGAAUACAUUCAAUCCUUAUAGGUAUUUCUAAAUUAAUUUUGAAGAUUAGAAUUAUCUCAUAUGAUAAAUAAAAGUUAUUUAACAGCUCAUAAACUCAAAAAUACUAAUGAGAAUUAUGCUGUUUUAUACUCUUAUGUUAGUAAAAUUAUUAAUCUUGGAGCUAUCUUAUUAAAUUAUAAGCAAAUGAUUUCUGUAAUAAUUUAUAUCUUAACACAUUUGACAUAUAUUAAUUCUCCAACAAAUGUAGUAUUGAUUAAUUAGAAUAUAAAUAAUUGGAUUAAUUAUAAAAUAAAUAAUAAACCUGAUAAAGUUAAUUAUAAAUCAUUUUAGAUAGUAAUCAUCCAGAUAAUAUGGCUCCAAAUAAAAAGUUUGAAAUGUUAAUUACUUCAGAUGAAUUUAACAAAUCAAAUGCUAUUUUAAGCCAUACAAAUAAUGAUGCAUUAUAACACAUAAAAUAUUGUGCCACUUUAACUUUCAUUCCAAAAUUUAAGAAUAUCCAAUAGAAGAUGCUACUAAUCAUAUAUAAGUGGUUUAAAUUUGCUUUAAUAAGCAAAUAUCUAAAAAGGAACUUUUCUUUUUUUUCAUUGA